GCUGUUCGUACAAACCGGGACAGAAACAAGCAAAGCGUUGGGAGGAAGUCAAGUGAAGCCACCGGAGAGGAAACGCGGAAUUUUCAAUUCAUUUAUUUAUUUAAAAAGCAACUGGACAUGGAAAAGAAAGGCCACCGAGCAACGUGAGCGGCAGCCCAAGAAAUCUGAAACUUGCUAUGGCGAACGUCACGCUCCUGCUGCAAGCCUUGACCUCCAACGCCAGCUCCUUCAAGGCCAACUGCAGCAAUGAAGACAACACCUACAAGUGCAAGUUUGACGAGGAUUUCAAGUACAUCCUCCUGCCCGUCUCCUACGGCCUCGUGUUCGUGGUGGGCCUUUGCCUCAACUUGCUGGCUCUUUACAUCUUCAUCUUCAGGAUCAAGACCUGGAAUGCCUCCACCACCUACAUGUUCCACCUGGCCGUGUCUGACACCCUCUACGUGGUCUCGCUACCGCUCCUGGUCUACUACUACGCCAUGGAGGACAACUGGCCGUUCAGCGUGGGCUUGUGCAAGAUUGUCCGCUUCCUCUUCUACACCAACCUCUACUGCAGCAUCCUCUUCCUGCUCUGUAUCAGCAUCCACCGUUUCAUGGGCAUCUGCCUUCCACUGAAAUCCCUAGAGUGGGGACAAGUCCGCUACGCCCGUUGGGUGUCAGGGAUCGUCUGGGUGGUCGUUAUUAUCUGCCAGUCCCCGGUGCUCUUCUUCGUCACCACCAGUCAGCGGUGCGAAGGCAUCACCUGCCACGACACGUCGGCGAAAGACCUCUUUGGGCAGUUCGUCAUCUAUAGUUCGGUGAUGCUUGUCCUGCUGUUCUGCAUCCCCUUCCUGGUCAUCAUUGUCUGCUACUGCCUGAUGGCCCGCAAACUUCUGCAGCCCACCCGUGGCACCACCCGCAUGUCCAGAUCCAAGAAGAAGUCCAUCAAGAUGAUCAUCAUGGUCUUGGUGGUCUUCAUCGUUUGCUUCUUGCCUUUCCACGUGACUCGCACCUUGUAUUACUCCUUCCGUAACUGGGACCUGAGCUGUCCGACCCUCAAUGCCAUCAACUUGGCAUAUAAAGUCACCCGGCCGUUGGCUAGUACGAACAGUUGCUUGGACCCCAUUUUGUACUUUUUAGCGGGGCAAAAAUUUGUGAAGUUUGCCUGCCCCCAAACGCCAGCGAAGGACGCCAACCAGUCUGGCACGGACAACACACCGAAUUGCCAAAUGCAGGCCAGAAACCAUCUAGCUACGAAAACUUAGCCGGAGAUAUUCCUGACUAUCCAGGCUGCAAAGUAUUACCUACCUAUCUAUGUCGGUAGGAUUUUCAUACUGCAAGAAGGAGAGUUUAUGUACUUGACCUCUGGGGCAUUAGAAGUGUAUUUUCAACCUGUAUCGGCAGGAAAUGGUACAACAGGGGUGUCCAUGUGAACAUAUCACUUUUCCUAUGCACUUUUGUUUUAAGGAAAGGUACUAGUAAAGACGUUGUCCCACCUGGCAAGCCGUAGAACAGUACAAUAGAAACCAGUGAAGGCUGGUGGCUCCGACAUCAGUGGGGUGGUGAAUCAGGUUUCAGCCAGAACCAGUCAGAAUGCUAAAGGAGCCAUUCAAGGUGCUUCACCAUCAUACUCACAUCGGAGUCACCAGCCUCCACUGACAGUACCCUAGUUACCCAAAUGGCUGCAAAGGGAGUGUUUGUUCUACAAAAGGCAAUUUAUCGGAAGCUGGAAUAAACAAGGCCAUCUGUGCAGUGAGAAGCAAUGUGGUAUAGCGGAUAAAGCACUGGGCUUCAGUCCAGUCUACCACAAACAGUGCAUCACAGGGUAACAUUGUGCACAAUUUCAGUUUGCAGGUAGAGGGGAGUUACAUGUGUGAAUGCUAAAAGUCCAAAUAUGCAGAAAACUAGACCCAACUGGACCUUUCCCCAUUUAGCAUCUAGGGGGCAGUUUUUAUGUUGAAGAAUCAUAGAAUCAUAGAAUAGCAGA